AUGAUAAGAAGGACCUUUUCUACAGCAUCACAACAUUACACUAAAGCAAACUAUAAUAUUGAUGAAGCAAGAAUUAUUUUUAAUAAAUUUAGUGGUGGAAAGGUAACUCUUGAAAAAAAUGAAGAAAAAGGAAUAGGAAAAAUUUGUAUCGAUAAUGAAAAGAAAUUAAAUGCCAUCACAGGUAAAAUGUUUGUUGAUUUUGAAAAAUGUGUUAAUGAAUUAAAAGAAUGGGAAAAUGGUAAAAUUGUUAUUAUUGAAGGAAAAGGUUCAAAUUUUUGUAGUGGUGGUAAUUUAAAUUUUGUUAAAGAAAUAGCUACACCAGAAUUAGGGUAUUGGAUGAAUUCAUAUUUUGGGGGUGUUUUACAAGAUCUUAGGGGUGGAACUGAAAUUGCCACAAAUUGUGAUUUAAGAUUUAUGCAUACAAGUGGAAGAUUUGGUGUUAUACAAGGUAAAAUGGGUGUUGUUCAAACAUGGAAUGGUGCUUCAAAAUUAAUUGAAAUUGUUGCAUUAGAAAUGGGUCUUGUUGAUGAAAUCUAUGAAACAGAUGAUGAAUUUAACAAAAUAAUAGAUAAAUUAGCACAAAAAGAUGUUAAUAUUAUAAGAACUGCAAAAGAAAUGUAUAUGGAAUUGAGUAAUGCCAAAGGUUUAUCUUCAAAAGAGUUACAUGAUAUUGAAUUAAAAUAUUCUUCAAAAUUAUGGGGUAGCGAACAUCAUUUACUUGCUCUUAACUCUAAAAUUAAAAACUAG